AAAAAAAGAAACAGAUGCCGACAUCGAUCUUUGGAAGCGGCACGGGCAGGCCUCUUUUUUAUGUAUGAAAAAGAAAUAACGCGCUUACGCGUAAUGUCGGUGGUGCUAGUGCAUUAAAACAUAAAAGAAAACGAUCUGUGCGUGUAUCGUUUGCAAUAUUAUGUCGUUUGUGUGCUUAGUGUAAGUUACUCAGCUACUCAAUAAGUGAAGUGAUUUUGUGCUGUGACAAUAAUUUAUCGACUUAUCGCUUCUUGGACUAAGCUGCCGGUUGUGCAUGCAUCUAAGAGGCGUGUAGGUGUAUCGGAGAUUGCGUUUACGAAUUUCUGAACGAGCGGACAAGUGUACAAGAUGGCCGACACCGACACAGAGACGACGCUGCCGAACGGCAACGCGACGCUGUCGGCGGAGGAGGAGGACCGGUUGAAGCAGCGGCCGGCUGAUAUCGAUGCUGACGUCCGCGAGAUGGAGCGGCGCAAGCGCGUCGAGGCGCUCAUGUCGUCGAAGCUGUUCCGCGAGGAGCUGGAGCGCGUGCUCGACCAGCAGAUGCACGAGGGCGGCGACGCGCCGCUGCUGCAGAGGAUCCGCGAGAUGGUCGGCGGGCGGCUGCACACGGGCAGCUUGCGGGGGCCGAGUUGCGUGCUGCCGAUCAACGACAUCCGCGGCAUCGAGGGUGUCGGAUACGAGAAGGGGGAGAAGAUACUCCGCUGCAAGCUCGCCUCGGUGUACCGGCUGGUCGACCUGUUUGGGUGGACGCAGAGCGGUUUCAGCGGUCAGAUCACCGCUCGCCUGAACACCGCUGUCGAGCAAGUGCUGACCACGCCCCGCGGCAUACUGCCGCACGAGGUGACCGCCUCGUCGCUGGUGAAGGUGGACAUGCAGGGGACCGUCGUCGACCAGGGGACCACCAACUUCCCUGUGAACGUUGAGGGUUUCUCGCUGCACGCGAGCGUGCACGCCGCCCGGCCGGACAUACGCUGCGUGCUGCACCUGCGCUCGCCGGCCGCGCUCGCCGUCUCGUCGACGAGGCGCGGCCUGCUCGCGCUGUGCGCCGAGGCGGCGACGCUCGGCCAGCUGGCGUACCACCGGGUGCCGUUGGGUGUCCUCGACAACGAGGAGUGCGAGAAGCUGGUCCGCGCGCUCGGGCCGCACUCGAAGGUGCUGAUGCUGAGCGGCGGCGGCGCGCUCUGCUGCGGCGCGACGCUCGAGGAGGCGUUCUACCAGGCGAAGAACCUGAACACCGCGUGUGACGUGCAGCUGCGGCUCGCCACGCUGCCGCUGGACGAGCUGAGCCUCCUGGACGACGAGACCAGGCGCCAGAUAUACGAAUCGACCCACAAACCGCCGGCGGACGAGAAGAAAUGGCGCGUCGGCGGCGAGGAGUUCGAGGCGCUGAUGCGAAUGUUGGACAACGCCGGCUUCCGCACCGGAUAUAUAUAUAGACAUCCGCUUAUCAAGAACGACGUGCCGCGACCCAAGAACGACGUGGAGGUGCCGCCGGCCGUAUCCUCGCUCGGCUACCUCCUGGAAGAGGAGGAGCUUUAUAAGCAAGGCGUGUGGAAGAAGGGCCACGGGAAGGCCGGCGAGCGCACGCGCUGGUUGAACACGCCCAACGUGUACCAGAAGGUGGAGGUGCUCGAGACGGGCACCGCCGACCCGAAGCGGAUCACCAAGUGGGUCGACGCAAACAACGAAGAGUGGGUGCAAGACGGCUCGCCGGCCCACUCCGGCACGCCGGUCAAGAUUGACACGCUCCAGUUUGUGCCCAAAAACACCAACCCCAAGGAGUUUAAGCAAUUGCAGCAGCAGAUCAAGGAGAACCGUCGCGCGGACAAGAUAAGCGCCGGCCCGCAGUCGCACAUACUCGAGGGUGUCACCUGGGACGAGGCCGCCAAGCUGGUGGGCGAGGACGCCGUUAACACGCACACCGGCGACCACGUGGUGCUGAUGGGCGCCGCUUCGAAGGGCAUCAUCCAGCGCGGCUACCAGCACAACGCGACCGUGUACAGCGCGCCGUACGCGCGCAACCCGUUCGACCACGUCACCGACACCGAAAUAGACGAGUACCGGCGGACCGUCGAGCUGAAGCAGCGCAGCGAGUACGACACGGACCUCUCCGAGUCGGAGGCGAUCAGCGCCGCGCAGGUCACGUCGCCCGCCAGCGCGCCCUCCGAGACCGAGGAGGAGUCGAGGGAUGAACAUCGCGUACUAAGAAUAGAAACUAAGCAAGUGCCAGUGAGAAGCCAACCUGAAGUCGUACUGAGCGAUGCGGAAACGACCGAUUUCUUGUCCGCCGAACGCGAGCACGCCGACAGGACCAGAGGUGAGCACACCCUCAACGGAGACCAUUCUGACGCGCACCAGAGCACCUUCUCGCACAGCAGUAAAGAGGGAUCACCUUCAAAGGAGGUCUCCACCGAAGACUCCCCCAAGAAGGACAAAAAGAAGAAGAAGGGCCUCAGGACGCCCUCCUUCCUCAAGAAGAAGAAGGAGAAGAAGAAGGACAAGUCCAGCACGCCACAACCAGCUUAGAGAUAAAAUUGACAAACUACACUGCCAUCUCGCUUUCAAAAUACUUGUAAUUUUAAGGUUGGAUCCACAAUGCAGCCGACAAUGAGUUUUGCUUGAAUAUUCCCAUUUUUUACGUGUACCCACCUAUUUGGCGGCAAAAAGCCUAAGCCUAGGGCAUCGCUUGCGCGUCUACGCGGAACUGGACUGAUUUGGUAUUUUAGCAUGACAACACUGUAAGUCUAUGGUUGCAAUGACAGAAACAGAUGUCAAAGUGUGACUGUGAGCUGCGGAUGACAGAUGUCAAACUUUGACAGAUGAAAUUUUGUUGUAUCCUCGUGUGAUGGGCGUCAAAUUAUAUAAAAAAGAAACGUCUAAUUAAUGUAAUAAAAUGUGUUUCUUAUCAAUUGAAUAAGGAAUAUUGAAAUAACUUUUCUGACUCAAGACGCGAAUUAAGAUGUGUUAAAAAAAAUAGUUUCCUGGAAUCAAAAGGUCACAAAGCUAAUAAAAAAGAAAAAAAAAAAUACAAAACCAUGUUCAGUUCCAAGUAGUGUUAGUAACUAAGAGCUAUUUAACGCAGAAGUUUGUAUUUAUUUAAAUGAAAUGAAAUCAGCGAAUCAGAAUUAAUUCUUAUGACUUGCCAAGCGUCUUAUGAUGUUGAUAUUUUAAAAUUACUUUCGUUAAAAUAAUUAUAAUUUGAAGUUGUCCGUACAUUUUGAGCGUAAAAUUUAAUUUUAAUACUCAAUGGAAUUCCUAUAUUUAAGAAAUCAUUGUUUUUUUUUAAUGAACUUGAUGGAUUUUAUUUCUACCUAGUAUAUUGUUGUUACAUAUGAAAUCGUUAUAAAUUUCAUUCGAAAAUUAAUCAAAAUAAUCGGACACUUCUUUUGGUGCAUUCUGUACGUAUAAUUGUAUUUUUUUAUACUAGCAUGUAAUGCUUUUAAUGUUGGGGCUGCCCCCUUCGCCAUUCGUGCUUUUAAAAAUGGCCACCCAAUACAUUCCCGCUGAAAAUGGCGGUCGUGUACUGAGUCGCCAUUACAAGAAAUUAAAUAUAAUAUAUUAUAGCACUAUCGAUGUACAUUUAAGAUUUUAUCGGCUAGCCUACUUUGGUAGAUUUUUUAAAUUAUUAUUUUUUUGUUUAACGACAUGAUUGAUUCAAUAUGGCGGGUCACUAACCACAGAUUAACACAAAAACAUUGUUACGCGCCAUUAAUUGACAGUCCGCCUGUAUUUUACGUACACAACAAAAUAUAGACACGAAAAAAUAAAAUAAAAUGAACGUCACCGCCAUGUUGUAAAAAUCAUUAUAUUACAGUACACAGUAAUUAAUUUGUUGUUACUUCGAUAGUUUUUAAACGAGAAAUUAUAUUUUUUUCUAUUUUUUACUUUUUUUUUCGUCUGGGUUUUAUCAAUUUGACAUUACCUAGAAUUAAGUCUAGCGUUGUUAAAAUGACAAGUUGAUUUUUAUUAAACCGUUGUAGUAAGACAUUGUUGGACCAUAGAUAAGAUGUGGUACUUUUAACACCGGUGUUGCCAGGUUUAUGAUUUUCUCCCGAUUUUUUUGAUAUUUUUACACUUUAUUUGCUACUUUAUUUUAUAGGAUUUUGAGGGUGUUAGCACAUUAUACAGUGUUUAUUUAACUGCUAUCCGGUGUUAAAGGAAAACCUAGUGCGGUUCAACGUUAUGUAUUUACGAGAUAAUAUUAAGGCUACUUUAUCGUUAAUAGUGGAAAAAUCGAUUUAAUUCCGACCGAGUUCGCUAUCGAGUGGGUUCAUAUUAUUAUCUGAGGAGAAAGAGCUUUUAUAUCGAUAAAAGAAAUCAAGCAAAUGUUAACUAUGAUUUUUUUUAGAAUUCAUUAAAAUUAGUGGUAAAAAAAAGGAAAUAAUAUUGUUUAUACAUUGCUCGUUCAGUAUGAAAUCCACUACGCGUUAAAGUAACGUAAGUGCGUAUAGCACGCAAUGUAUGCGAUGUGUUCCACUGUUAAUGUUCAGGUAUAUUCUGUAAUCUUUGAAAUUAUGACACUGGCAUUCUGUGCAACUUGUGUAUUUGUAUUGAAAUAAAUUAUUAGUUUUA